UUCUUCCUCCUCUCUUUACCCGAAGCUGAGCUAAUCCCCAUAAAAGGUUACCGCUGGUGGAGGGGCACAUACGCCUCCUCCGCCUCGCCGCUGGCGUCCAAAGCCCGGCAUCCUCUCACCGCCUCUUGCGGUGACUCUAUCUCACCUCCCUUCCUCUAUAUAUGCUCCGAGGUCAACUGCAAUGCCUUUCUCCCCGCUUUCUUCUCUUCUGCUCUUUUCCUUCUUCUGCCGCCUCCUUCUCCAUUCUUAUUCUUAUUCUUCUUCUUCUCCGUCGUCGUCGUCGUCGUCGUCUUUCCGAGCUUAAAAACAUCGCCUUUUCCCCUUUUGCCUGCUUCUCGCGGCGGUUUUUCGUGUCGGGAAUGGAAAAGGAGCGAUUUUUCGGUGGCGGCUGGAAGUCGGCGCACGCGGGGCUUCUGCCGGAGGUGAGCGCCUUCGCCGGAGAUGAGCAUCUGCCGCAUUCCUUCGUCGGCUUCGGGUGGGAGCAGCCUGUGCACGGCCAGGAGGCCCACGCGCAGCAGCUCGAGUCGGCGCUCAGCUCCCUCGUCUCGUCGCCGUCGUCCAACGCUCCGGACGGCAACGACAGCGUGGUCAUUCGCGAGCUCAUCGGACGGCUCGGCAGCAUCUGCAACUCCGGGAACGUCUCCCCUUCCUCUCGGUGCCACAGCGCGCACGCUUCCUACUACAGCACGCCGCUCAGUUCUCCCCCGAAGCUCAAUCUCGCCGGGGCGGAUCACCAGCGGCAGCGCAUGCUCGUGAACCAAGUGGCGGCCGCGCCGUUCUUGGCCGACCAGGGGUUCGCAGAGAGAGCGGCGCGGUUCUCCUGUUUCGGCGCCGCCGAGGCCGGCCAGCUCUCGAGGGUCUCCAGCAGACAGUCUCUGGCGAAGGAGGUAGCAGCAUCCUACGCGAUGAUGGCAGGGUCGUCGUCGUCGCCGGAGGCUUCGUCGGCGUCGGAGAAGUUAACGGCGGUCGUCGCCGAACACAAUGCGCGGAAGCGGAAAGCGGCUCCGAAGGGCAAAGGAAAAGCGGCGGCGCCGUCAUCUUCCUCCGCCAUGGAUCCUCCCGAGGAGGAAAACUCUGACUCAAAGAGAUGCAAAGCAGCGGAAGCCGGCGGCGCCGACAAGGAUGCGCCCGUCAAACCCAAGACCGAGCAGAACAGCAGCGACGACGGCAAUGCCAAGCCGCCGGAGCCGCCCAAGGACUACAUCCAUGUCAGGGCAAGAAGAGGGCAAGCCACCGAUAGCCAUAGCCUCGCCGAGAGGGUCAGAAGAGAGAAGAUCAGCGAGAGGAUGAAACUACUGCAAGAUCUUGUGCCAGGCUGCAACAAGGUCACAGGAAAGGCUGUUAUGCUCGAUGAGAUAAUCAACUAUGUGCAGUCCUUGCAGCGGCAAGUCGAGUUCUUGUCCAUGAAGCUGGCCACCUUGGAUCCCCAGCUCGAGUUCGACACGGAGACUCUUCUCUCGAAAGAAAUGCAUCAAGUUCAUGUGCCAUUGCCACAGCAAGUCCUCUUUCCAUUAGACAUGGCGACCUCAGCUUUCUCACUUGCUCAGCUGCCUCUGAAGCUUGCUGAGAACCCGCCGGACUCGAUGUUUUCGAGCUUGCAACUACCUCCUAUCGAUCAUCUUGCCAAUCUCUGGGAAGACGACCUUCGGUAUGUCGUUCAGACCGGGUUCCCGCAGAGCCAGGAGGCACCAUUCUCCUCCGGAGCUCUUCGAGCCGAGUGAACCGGAAGCGCCAAAGAAGAUUGAAUCAUGUGUAUGACUGCUUAGGAUACAGAUGCAUUUUGUACAUAUCUACCUACCAAGCAAUAUAUAUGUGUGGAACUAACUCCAUUAGAGCUGAUGAAGAACUCAAGAAACAGGAAAAUCUGGUAGGUUGAUGAAGAAAAUAAUACAUUUUUUUUUAUAUAAAUUAAUCAAGUUGCUUGUCGUCAAAACUUUUGGCUGUCCCGUGUUCGUAUGAUCUUUGGUUGUAUCUGUUUCGGCUGGAAGUCAGAAACAUAUUUUAGUGGAAAUUUGAAGUUGUCUUGUUAGUUUUUUUCACCAUUGGUUGAGCUGGAAUCCAUUUCUGCA